CGUAAAACGCGACCAGUCUGACAAUCACUGCGCGGCAUGUAAACGGAGCGAGUCGCGGGGAUGCGACGAUUUGUACCCGAGAUUAGGCUGACGUGAUAAUAUUCCGUUACUCGCGGAGCCUCCGUGAUUUCCAUCGCGAUAUGCGCUGCGAGAGACGCGAGAGUCGGUAGGAAGUCUCGUCAGGCCGGUCGGCGACUGCGGCGAGGACGGUAGACUGAUAUGUCGACGAUGGAGGGCUCGCUCAGCAAGUGGACGAACGUCGUCAACGGGUGGCAGUAUCGAUGGUUUGUUUUGGACGACAACGCGGGCCUCCUGUCGUACUACACGAGCAAGGAGAAGAUGAUGCGCGGCGCGCGUCGCGGCUGCGUGCGACUGAGGGGCGCUAUCAUUGGCAUCGACGACGAGGACGACAGCACGUUCACCAUAACAACCAACUCCUGCAAGGACGACCCCAAGACGUUUCACUUUCAGACGCGCAACGGCGAGGAGAGAGAACGCUGGGUCCGCGCAUUGGAGGACACGAUACUCCGCCACUCUCACACGCGAUGGGACCCAAAGAAGUCUCCGCCCAAGCAAGAUUUCGAUCGCAAGGUAGCCGAGGCCGACGUUUACCUUCAGCUUCUGAUCGAGCAGAUCAAACUGAUCGAGGACAAAAGGAACGCGGCCGAGGACGAGGAGACUCAGAACAAGUUUUCCGCCGUCCUGUCGCACGCCAACGCCAUGCUGAAUUCCGUUAAGCAUACCAUUGUCCAGCUGCAAAUUGCCAAGAAUACGGCGAUACCUGUUAACGGAGUGUACAGAGGACCAUCGAAUUCUAUACACGUCUCACCCUCGCUUCCUCAUGUUGCAGCCAGUGCGCCCGAGGCGACGGUGCAAACCGGCAUCGAGUUAGGCUCCGAAUGCGUGGAACCGCGAGUACCUACGUUACCGAAUGUUGUAGAUAGAGAUCUACCGGUACCGCAGUUCUCGUACUCGUCCUCCGACGAGGACGACGAUUAUUUCGACGCCGCGGACGAGAUACCGACUCCGGCAGUCCAGAAUCAUGUUACACUAUAUUCAGAUAAUGAGCGAUUACAUUCGUCUAUGGACAGCGCCACGGGAGAUAAACGCAAAGAGCCGCCGCUGCCGCCUAUCAAAGGCGACGGAUCAGUCGAUUACGAUGCUCUUUACGAAGAAGAAAGCGAAACCGAAAUGGAUUCCAUGGAGAGUCACGGCUCAGUCGUGGCUCAUCUUCUGUCCCAAGUGAAGAUCGGGAUGGACCUGACGAGGGUCGCCCUACCGACGUUUAUUCUAGAGCGCAGGUCACUCCUUGAGAUGUAUGCGGAUUACUUUGCUCAUCCCGAUCAAUUUGUAAGCAUUGCCGACAUGCCUACACCUCGCGAGAGGAUGGUGCAAGUGAUUCGUUGGUACUUGUGCAGCUUCCACGCGGGACGCAAGUCCGGCGUGGCUAAGAAGCCGUACAAUCCUAUACUAGGUGAAAUUUUCCGCUGUCAUUGGAACAUACCUAAUGUUAGUCCGUCUGAUAGCGCCGCAGAUUCCGGCAGCCGUCUCGUGUCGGAUGGUCCUGUACCGUGGUGUAAGGAGAAUCAGCUCGCUUUUGUCGCCGAGCAGGUUUCUCACCAUCCGCCAGUUAGCGCAUUUUAUGCCGAGCACGUCGGGAAAAAGAUCAGUUUCGGAGCUCACGUUUGGACGAAGAGCAAGUUCUUGGGCUUAAGUAUAGGGGUACACAAUGUGGGGAAGGGCUGGGUAAAUGUGCUGCAACACGGGGAGGAAUACGUUUUAACUUUCCCUAACGGUUAUGGCAGAUCUAUCCUCACUGUACCGUGGAUAGAGCUAGGAGGCACCGUAACGAUAAAUUGCGUGCAAACCGGCUACCACGCGACGGUAGAAUUUUUAACAAAACCUUUCUACGGCGGUAAACGGAAUCGGAUUACAUGCCAAGCCUUUCAAGCGGGAGACAAAAAGCCGUUUCUCGUUAUAAACGGAGAGUGGAGCGGGGCGAUGGAAUGGAAGACGUUUGAUGGCAAGAGCGAGAUGUUCGCUGACGUCAGGGAACUUAGCACGGAAAGAAAACUGGUUAAAACGGUAUGCGAGCAAGACGAAAGUGAAUCGCGAAAGGUUUGGCGUGACGUGACAGUUGGCCUACGUAUCAACGACAUGGAUAAAGCUACCAUGGCGAAAUGCGCAAUCGAGCAGAAACAACGAGAAGAAGCGCGGCUUCGCAAGGAAAAUAACUUACCGUGGCCGACAAAACUUUUUAAGGAAACCAAAGACGGUGGCUGGGUGUACAUAAGACCUCUUGUAGACAGACUACACAGUUCUAGCGAUCAAACGAAUGUUACCUAACUAUACAUGCGUAUUACGUGACAAUUUUAGAUGCAGCACAAUACUAGAAGAGAAAUCGUGGCCUACCGCCUGUAAGAAUUGUAAUAUCAGGCUUAAUUCAAAAGACACACCUUCACGUUCGAAAGAUUUCGGCGAAUAUUUUUAUGCCAGUUCUUAGUUUAAUUAGGAAAGAGGUAAUGCAGUAACAUCCACUAUUUUACCUUUCGUAUCACGUUUUAAGUUUCGUUUUAAUAAAAAUAUUCUGUCGACAAUCGAAUGAAUAUUUACGAUGUAAAAUUGUAUCUCUUCUCUUUUUUUUUAUUCUUGGGAUAAUUUCACACAAUAUCGUAAGCUUCUAUUAUAUCCACAUUUCAAGUAUAUGUACGUAUGCCAAGUCUUUUAUAUAUGUAACAUUUGUUGACGUUGCAAUUUCUUAUCAUGAAUGAAAUUACAUGUACAAUUUACGCAAAUCUGUUAUGAUAUUGUGCGGAGAUUGCAUGUCAUAUACAAAAGUUGUUUUACGAUGUCACUGGUCGUGAAUAAUGCGAUAUUCUAAUUAUGGAAUUAAUUAUUUUUGCGCAAUCCCAGAUCUCUCAUUUGGCAAAAAUAAAUUUCCAGUGUGUAAGGAAUGACUCGCAUUCCGUAACGAUGGAUUUCUAAAAUAAACUUAUGCAUUUCCUAUGCACAAACCGAUAUAGCAAUAAUACUUGAUACCUUAUUCUGAUUUGUAAUUGUAAGUACGAAUUUUUCCACAUACUGAUUUUUCGAAUCGAGUUUCAUGUUCAAAUAAAUUAAUCACGAUGGACAAUAUUAUAUUGUAAGAUACGUACUGAUAGUGCUACUAAUAAUAAUACAUGUUAUUUAAACACUGGAGAGAUCCUCGAACAAUGUACUCUUUGAAUGAAA